AUGGCCGCGGCCACGCCCACCCCGAUGCCCACGGCAUGGUCCCGUAGGAAUCUUCCGCGACUUCCGCUAUGGUCGCCGCUCAUGCUGAUCGGGGUGCUGCAGCUUGUGGUGUUAUCGCUCGUUGCCCACUCUGCCUGUUGCUGCAGCCCCCCCGCGCCCCUGCUCCUGCGCCAGCUAUUUCUCGUGGUCGACUCCGCACCGCUCCUGCCCAUCAGGUCGGCUGGCUGGAGCGCACUCUCAGGGUUGAGCCGGACAGCGUUGGCCAAGACAGAUCCCAACAUCAACCAGAGCAUCGCUCCGCCGCACACAUGCACCACGUUCCUGCCCCAGUUCCUGCUGCUUCUGCAGCCAGGCUGACGACUGAACAAAGCGGCAGCCAUCACUUCGCGCCAGAGACAAUUAACAACUGAAUUUUCUUGCUGUCGGCGAAAGCGUGAGCUGCCCAUGGACACCGUUACCCCUUGCUAGCUGCUCUGGAAGAGAGCUCUAUUGCUCCUCCACCGGCUUGAGAGAGAUUCCCAUUUUGCGAAACACUCAGCUCGUUGUUUGAUUGGACGAUUCCAACAGGGUCGCCCUGCCACCGGCGGUGCCACAGCGACCAGGGCACAGGAACUGGGCGUGCAGACAAGGCAGGCACGGGAGUAGGGCGCUGCCGGUGCGUAUUGUAGGUUGUAGACAACCUAUUCUACAGCAGUAGUGCACAUCCAUGUGUCGUAUGAUUUCCACCCCCUUCGCCGCGUCAACGGUCCUUCCACGACUCCUCUCAAUAGCAUGGUUUGUUCGUUUGUUACCGAGGAUGCUGACGGGGGCAGCCAAGUUUGUUGGCUCACCUCCCAUACACCUGUAGAAUACCAUACGUUUUUCCUCGUUUUUUUUCAGGGUACACCUCGGGAAUAUUCCCGCCGUUUUUUUCCCGCCGUGGUGGGCGGUCCCGGUACUGGCGGGAAUUACCGCCACAUUCGGGUGGUACCGGGAAUAACAAGUGGGUUGUCGUUUUUCCAUAUCUUUUUUUGGGCUGUCCCUUUUUGAGAAAAGGGACAGCCCAAAAAGAGACAGCGUAACAACACUUUUAGGGCCGUUUUAAACGGACCGACUUUUUUGUCAAAAUUUUCAGGGUACACCUCGGUACUAGUUUUUUAGGCGGAUCCAGGCGGGGCGGUACUGCAAAGUGGCGGUAUUUUUUUGGCGGUUGGCGGUAUUUCGUUUUCCGGCGGUACCGCCUUUGGCGGUUCCCGGUACCACCCGAAUGUGGCGGUACUUUUUUGGCGGUACUGCAAAGUGGCGGUACUUUUUUGGCGGUUCCCGGUACUUCGUUUUUUCGGCGGUAUUUUUCUGGCGGUACUGAAAUAUGGCGGUACCGUCUCCGGCGGUUCCCGGUACUGCCAAAUAUGGCGGUUUUUUGGUGGCGGUACUGAAGUAUGGCGGCACCGCCUUCGAGGGUUGCGAGUA